UUUAAAUUACUUAAUCUUAAAUUAAAAUUGACAGAUUAGGUUAUCUCUUUCUAUUUUGUAUAGUGUAAUUUUAUACUUUUCAGAUCAUCUUAAGUUACUCUUUAAAACACUACUUUUCUCUUAAUAACUCUUAACAAGCGAUCAAUUAAUUAAAUAUAAUCGAAAUGAGUUAUAUGAACGAAUUAUCACAAUCACAAGAAUAUUUAAGUUUUCGAAGCAGUGUACCUUUAAAAAAUAUUUGCGUUGAUGCCGACAAUACAAAGGGUUGGAAAAUUUAUGAUUGCGGCCCCAAAAACGUGAAAUGUCCUUUAGUGUGCCUUCCUCCUGUCUCAGGAACUGCUGAUGUAUUUUUCAGACAAGCUCUUGCACUUUCAGCAAAAGGGAUAAGAAUUAUUUCAGCUGAAGGUCCGGUUUAUUGGAAUGUAAAGGAAUGGUGUGAGGGGUUUAAAAAACUUUUGGAUUAUUUAAAAAUCGAUAAAAUUCAUUUAUUUGGAGCUUCGCUAGGUGGUUAUCUUGCUCAAAAAUUUGCGGAAUACACUUCUCAUUGCCCCCGAGUGGCUUCUUUAAUUCUUUGUAAUGCAUUUACAGACACUUCAGUAUUUAAAAAUCACGAAUCAGCUUCAUUAUAUUGGAUAAUGCCAGCUUUAGUGUUAAAACGAAUGGUAAUGGGAAAUUUUAGUGCUGAGAAAGUGGAUCCUGAGAUUGUUGAUGCUAUAGAUUUUAUGGUUGAAAGGUUGGAUAGUCUUCCUCAAGCUGAAUUAGCAAGUAGAUUAACUUUAAAUUGCGUAAAAGGUUACGUUGAAGCUCAUAAAUUGUCAAAUGUACCUGUUACGAUAAUCGAUGUUUUUGAUGAAUACGCGUUAUCAAGUGCCGUCCGAGAAGAAUUAUAUAAAUGUUAUCCUCAAGCUAAACUUGCCCAUUUAAAAUCGGGUGGAAAUUUUCCUUAUUUAAGUCGGUGUGCUGAAGUUAACCUUCAUUUACAGAUUCAUUUGAGACAAUUUGAUGGAACACCUAAUGCAGCGUCUGAUAGAAAUUUGGUUAGCAAUAAAUGAAAAACAAGAUGUGAAUCAAAAUAUUUCUGAAUAGUAAUAAAUUGUAUACUUGGCUGUUUAAUCCCAAAGGAUUAGUAAACGAUGUUUUAAUAGUUUUUAAGUUCAAACCAAGGAUAAUUGAAUAACAAUACUUUAUCAUUCAUCAUACGAAAGUUGUGCCAAAUCUGGUUGUAGUAGAUCAAAUCUAGUCUUAAAACAGA